UCUAAGCUGUCUAGGUCAUCUAGGGGCGGAGCUCGGAGCUUUCUAGGUCGUCGAGGGGGUGGACUUUAGUUAGUUUGCGGAAAACAGAUGUACUUCUCGCACUUUGCUGAGGGGAAUCAGAACGUAACAUUUUACAGCUGUUUUUCGAAUUAUUUGUUUAAUCGUUUUUUGACUGUACACAAGCUGCAGCGUUCUGGAGAAGGCGUCCCAACCUCCCUGAAAGAAAAAAAUGUGAAGGAGAAGAGCGAUGGUCAAGAUCCAUGACCAUGAGCUGACAUUUCAAUAGAGCCAGUCCUUGUAUAUGUGAAGGUUUAUCCUCUUUAAUCUUGGUUAAGAUGUUUUCCCCCAUGCUGUUUUUGCUUACUUUCAUAUUCUUCGAUUCAGUGAGCAGUAGCAGCACUGCAGUAAAUAAAACAGUUCCAAGAGUACUCUUAGUAUCGUUUGAUGGUUUUAAGGCUGAUUAUCUAAACAAAUUCAGUUUUCCAAAUCUGCAGAAGUUUAUUACUGAUGGUGUGUUGGUAGAGCAUGUUACAAACAUUUUUAUCACAAAAACCUUUCCAAACCAUUAUACACUUGUCACCGGCCUUUAUGCAGAAAGCCACGGUAUCAUAGCAAACUCUAUGUAUGAUGCAGAGAGCAAGGAACAUUUCCGUACAAAUAGCUCUGAUUCAUUCUGGUGGAACGAAGCAACGCCAAUCUGGGUGACAAAUCAAUUGCAGGGCCACAAAAGUGCCACAGUGAUGUGGCCUGGGUCUGGUAUAUCUCUUCGUAAUACGACUGUCCAGCAUCAUAUGAAGUAUAAUAUGAGUGUGGCAUUUCAAAAGCGAGUAGAUAUCCUGACAGACUGGUUGAAUAACAUGGAUGAUCUAAUCACAUUUGCAUGUCUUUACUGGCAUGAACCAGACUUCAGUGGGCACUUAUAUGGUCCUGAUAAUACAUCUGCGAUGUCUGCAGUGCUAAAGGAUGUGGAUGACAACAUAGGUUAUCUGAUUAAAAAGUUAAAUGUUACAGGGCUGUGGGAUAGCCUAAAUGUGAUUAUUACAAGUGACCAUGGGAUGGCCCAGUGUUCUUCAGAUAAUGUGAUAAAGCUGGAUAGCUGUGUAACUCGUGACAAAUACAUAUUGAUAGAUACUUCUCCAGUUGCUGCUGUAAUACCAACUACAAAUGAAACUGAAGUAUAUAGUUUACUUAAGAAUUGUAGCCCGCACAUGAAAGUUUACCUGAAACAGGACAUUCCAGACCGUUUUCAUUACAAGAAUAACAUCAGGAUUACACCAAUUAUCUUAGUUGCCGAUGAAGGAUGGACAAUAGUUCAGAAUGGGACUGCAAGUCGUAGGGGUGAUCAUGGCUAUGAUAAUGCUUUACCAAGCAUGCAUCCUUUUCUGGCAGGACAUGGACCUGCAUUCCGCAAGGGUUACAAACUCAACACAAUCAACAAUCUUGAUGUCUAUCCUCUGAUGUGCCAUAUCCUUGGAUUGAAGGAGGAGCCCAACAAUGGUACACUAAGCAAUGUGAAUUGCUUACUGGCAAGUCAGUGGUGCAUAAACCUGCCAGAAGCCAUAGGAAUUGUAAUUGGUGCUUUUAUCAUUUUGACUACUCUGGCUUGUCUUAUAAUUAUCACGAAAAACAGGAUGUCUCCAUCAAGGCCAUUUUCCCGACUUCAACUGGAUGAUGAUGAUGAUGAUGAUGAUCCCCUAAUUGUUUAGCCUAUCAACUUCGAGAGAGAAAAUUGUAUGACUUGACAUUUUGUGAAGGAUGUUACAGACACUUGAGAAUAUGCUUGAAAACAAACCCCUCUUAAAUAUUCUGACUACUUAUUCAGAGGUUUGGGCUACAGUACCAACACUCUAAAAAUGGCCACUUGAAAUAUACACUGAUAAUUUGCACUGCAUACCUAUUGAGGCUAAAGGCUUGCAUAUUUUGUGCCCAGAGGUUUUGUAGCCAUCUGAACGCAAGGGUGCACAUUUACAUUAAAAGGUUUUGUUACC